AUGGUUUUUGUUUUCCCCUUCCCAUUUUUUUCUUAUGGUUUUUCCAGUUUUCUAGAAGCCGGAAAAAAGGCAAGCUACAAAAUGUACUACGCGGAGCCAGAAUUAAAAACCACGCGGACGGGACGGGCCGUGGCUUGUGACGCCGGAUCCCCGCGUAUAAUCCGUGUCACGCUAAAGGACAAAAUCGGUUUAUCCGAGCGGUUUACGGGAAGGGUCUUUUGCUAUCUCGCAGUAGCGUGUGCCUGGUUAUCCCAAUACUACCACCACACCUGUGCUUUUUUUAUCUUGUACGUGCAUGUAUGCGUAUGUUUUCUUUUUUUCCGUUGGUGCUUAUUCGCUACCGUCUCGUUGAUCCAUGAAUCACAAACACAAGCCGGUUCUGCUUACUAUACAAAAUAG